AUGAGAUCGCGCAUCUCGACGCCGGCUGGCCAGCGUCUCUCCGUAAUCCUCGACGCCAAACGAGGCAAGUCGGCUUCGUCCAAGGCUGCCGAAAUCAGCGUCACCACCGAAAGCACAUUCUGCAACGACCCGUCACAUCAGCAUGUCGGACCAGUACAACACCACCGGGUCGAGAAGAAGCCUGGCUUCAUCCAAUCGGUCUUGACGGGCGGCAGGUUGCUCACGCCAAGGGAAAGCAGCGAGGACAUGCACAAUGGGAGCAAUCUCAGUGUCAGCGUGUGGAGUGAUCGGGAUGAGGAGAAGUUUGGACACGUGCGGCAACGGAAACAGAGAGGAUGUGCUGCAUGGGGAUGGAAGAAGCUUGCCGUGGUUGCCGCCCUGAUCAUUGCGCUGAUCGUGGCAUUGGGCGUUGGACUGGCGAUGGGACUGAAGAAGGACUCGAAGAGGUAG